CUACAGUGGGAAGGUCUUCCAGGUCACUCUGCUCUCUCUGGGAGGCUUUCUGCUUCUUCCUCUCCUCAUCGUCAUCCUCAUCCUGGAGUCUCCCAUCCACCCCGAGGUCUUCAGUCUGAAGGAGCCCCCGCUGAUGAAGGGCUGCUGGGAGCCCAACCUGAAGCUCCGAGAGGCUCAGAGACUGUUUGAAGACCAGAUCGUCGGACCGGAGUCCAUCGCCAACAUCGGAGAUGUUUUGUUCGCUGGAACAGCCGACGGGAAGAUCGUGAAGCUGAUUGGUCGAAGGAUUCACACGGUGACGAGACUCGGAAAACUGCCAUGUGGUUCCAGAGAGGAGGAGUCCACCUGCGGGAGGCCGUUGGGGAUCAGAGUGGGACCCAAUGGGACUCUGUUUGUAGCCGAUGCUUACCUGGGUCUGUUCGAGGUCAACCCCACCACAGGUGAUGCGACCAGGUUGGUGUCGGGCGGUCAGGUGGUCGCAGGCAGGAAGCUGUCGUUCAUUAACGACCUGGCAGUGACUCAGGACGGGAAGAAGGUGUACUUCACCGACUCCAGCAGCAGGUGGCAGCGCAGGGACUAUCUGCACCUCAUCAUGGAGGCCACGGCCGACGGACGCGUGAUGGAGUACGACACCGAGACCAGAGAGCUGACGGUGGUGAUGGAGAACCUUCGGUUUCCAAACGGGAUCCAGCUGCUGCCAGACGAGGAGUCGGUGCUGGUGGCCGAGACCACCAUGGCCCGGAUCCGCAGAGUCCACGUUGCCGGUCUGAACAAAGGCGGGAUGGACACCUUCAUUGACAACCUGCCCGGUUUUCCCGACAACAUCCGUCCGAGCUCGUCCGGAGGUUACUGGGUGGCCAUGUCCGCGGUGCGGCCCAACCCCGGCUUCUCCAUGCUGGACUUCCUGUCCCAAAGACCCUGGAUCAAGAAAUUCAUCUUCAAGCUCUUCAGUCAGGAGGUCCUGAUGAAGUUCGUCCCUCGGUACAGCCUGGUCGCGGAGCUCCACGACGGCGGCAUUUGCACCCGGAGCUUCCACGAUCCCAAUGGCCUGGUGGCGGCCUACGUCAGCGAGGUCCACGAGUACGACGGGAACCUGUACCUCGGCUCCUUCCGCUCGCCGUACAUCGCCAAACUCGACCUGCGCAAAGUCUAACGACACGUCGACGGACGCACAGACAGACAUUUGGGACUGUUUCGUCUUUAACUGCAACGUCGCGAUCGAGGUGAAAUAAAAACCGCCGGAUGGCGGUCGGUCAGAGUUUUUGUUCCAGGGUGACAUUUUGUUUAAGGGAGGGGCUCAGAGUGCGUGACGCGUUCAUGUUAGUCGUCUCUGUUAGCGGCUGGGUAUCGAACCUCAGUACCGGUCCGAUUAAUUAUAAACAAUAACAAUUAAAAUUCUUGUUUCAGUUAAUUUACGAAGACGUAUGACAAAGAAAAAUAGCAAAUAUUCACAUUUUAGAGGUAUUUUGACUAAAAUUAUUUGUUUAUUAUCAGAAUAGUUGCCGAUUUAUUUUUUAUUGAUCGACUAAGAAAUGAAUUGAUUAAUAUUUGCAGCUGUAAGAUUGAUCAUCUUGUUCUUUGAUCGGAUAAUUCCUGAGUUGAAUCCUCAUUUCUGCAGUUUUUGUAUUUUAUGUAACUUUAGCUUCUUUUCUCGAUUUCAAAAAGGUUUUGUAGAAAUGUGUGUUAAUACUGAGUUAUUGAUCGGCACAAGUAUCGAUACCCAGCCCUACGAUCGCUCUUACCUGAUGAAAAGAAAGAAUCUUGCACUAACUUUCCAGCUAGCUUAAUUUAAUUUGAAUUGCUCGCUAACUGGCUCACUCUGUCACUAUAGCACCAUAAAUAUAACUCGAGCAUUUUGAUGCUAACGUUCCUUUUUUUUGCCUGUUAUGGGAGACAGAAGUAAUUUCUCGCUACCUCCAAGCUAACUUUGUACGGUUCAGGUUACCAUUGUUUCUGCUACUAGCUGCCAUUUCUCACUUUAAUAUGUUAGCUAGCCUGUGAUUAAAAAAACAAAAAAUAAGAGUAAUUCUGCUGGUUUACUGGAAAUGUCCACAUAUUAGCUGCAGUAACCUCGAGGCGACUGCAUCCUCUGUACAAUGGAAACUUGAAAUUUUAGCUUAAUUACUUUGAAGGACACGUUGUAUUAUUAAAGUUAAAUCAGUAUUAGGAAAGUGUCGUAAUUAUAACUUGGAUGUAAAAGCUUUUUAUGUUAACAAGUUAAAAAGUUAACAAACAUUAUUUAGCAUGUUAUUUUGUCGACGUGCUAAACAACUAAAUGUUUUAAAUAUUUUAUUAUAAUAUUAUCUGAUCUCGACAUUAAAACUCAGUUAAACAGUAUUUUAACAACUACUGGAUGCUAACGUGGCUGCAGAGUUUCAUCAAUUCAUUUAAUAAGGAGAUUUACCCGUUGUUUCACUAACAAUAUGUAACACAACAAGAGUGGCUAAUCUAGGCUAUUAGAUAUGCUACAUGCUCAGCUAAUCUAUGUUGAAAAGACAAAGAUAAGAGACAAACAUAUAUUUAUAUAUUAAUUGUUAACUGGCUACCUUCUGUUGACAUUGUGUGAAUGUAACAUUAUGCUGCUUUUAUGUUUUAUUGUAAGUUUGAGUUUCCCGCUAAACAGUGUUCACGUCUUACAAAACUUCCUAAGCCCCGCCCCUUUCUACUCUGUGCUCCAAUCACAGUUGAGCAAACCUCGUCGACCUUUUGUUUCUUAACUAAACUAAAGCUGUCGUUAACUAGUGUGCUAAUCUUUGUUAUGCUAUGUGCUUAUCUCACCUACGUUGAAAAGAAAACAACAUAUAGAGGAGCAACAUAUAGAGGAGCAACACAUAGAGGAGCAACAU